CCACCCACCGCACACAGCCCUGCGUAAUCUGAAACAAGCUUUUUGGGCGAGACUAAUCUACAGGGCCUUUACCUUUAUAAAACUAAACAAGGAGAUCCCCACCGGACAUUCAGGUGGAAUGCCCGAGUGGUUAAGGGGUAUGUCACAAUCAGCAUCACCGCAUCGCAACAGAAAGCUAACUUCGCAAAAGGCGACACUCGAAGACCUGUUCUUUGGCAAUGUCGUGGCUUCGGCCGCGCAGGUUCGAAUCCUGUUUCCAUCGGUUCUUUUUUGAUGUUUUUUUUGGUCGGGUUGCCGCCUUUUGCCGCCGCUGUUGGUUGGCUCUUGCUGAGGGAGAUCUUCGGGGGCCUCCCCGGUUCAAUUUUUUCUUGGUCAUAUUUUUUGUCCGCUUCAAAUUCAUUCAUUCAUUCAUAUCCCACCUCUGUUUCUAUCUCUUUUAUUUCUUUUGUUAUUUUAAUUCGAGUUUUGGCGCCAUUACAGCAUCAAGGCCGAGCGCUGCGAGGUUUGCGCAGCUGUGCCCUGAUUGGCCAGCCCGACGGAAGACUACGUGGCUCGUUGGGGGACCUACAGUGGUCUUACCCCCCCUAAAACUUCAACUGAUAGCGCUGUAAUCCAUUCCUUCAGCAGCACAGCCCCUAUCCCCCCAAAAAGCCAGUUCCUCCCACUUUGCCCCACGCGCCAGCACUGACGCAGCCGGAAACGCGAUAAACUUGAAAGCCCCUUUGCGCCGCAUUUUCUUUCUUCCCUGUCAAGCAUUCUGCAUUUUGCCAUCUGAUCCGCAACCUGGCCCAAACGUUUGCGUGAACAAAUCUACUUGCAAGCGACUAUCGACUAUCGACUAUCGUUCUGCACCUAUAUACAGCUGAUUUCUCCCCCCAAACUCAACACCAGCUUGUUCAUUGUCCGUCGCAAUGGAGGCCGCCGAACCCGAUCAAAGCCCCUUUGAGGCCGUUACUGCGCAAACCACCAAACUCCAAAGACAAUACCAAGCUUUGCUGGAUCAAUCGACCCCCUAUGUUCUCUACCGAUGGAUUGGAACUGGCGCUGGCCUCUUCCUCUUCUUUAUCCGCAUCUUUGUCGCCCAGGGCUGGUACAUUGUUGCCUACGCUCUCGGCAUCUACCUGCUAAACUUGUUCCUCGCCUUCCUCCAGCCCAAGUUCGACCCCUCCAACGAUGAUGUAGACAACGACAUGGAAGAUGGUAACGUUGGCACGCUUCCCACGAGGCAGGAUGAAGAGUUCAAGCCCUUUAUUCGCCGUCUGCCAGAAUUCAAGUUCUGGUACUGGGCAACUCGCGCUAUUACCAUUUCCUUCUUUUGCACCUGGUUCGAAAUCUUCAACAUUCCUGUCUUCUGGCCCGUUCUUGUUAUGUACUGGUUCAUCCUCUUUGUUCUGACCAUGCGCAAGCAAAUCCAGCACAUGAUCAAGUACCGCUAUGUUCCUUUCACCGUCGGCAAGAGAACCUACUCCAAGAACAGCGACUAAGCCGCAAUUACGAGGUUAUGACAAAUGGGAAUAGAAAAAGCACUCUCUACUAUACGGGACCUUUUGCAAAACUUUAUUCAUGUAUUCAUUUUAAUGCAACGGGGGAUGUAGAACACAGGUGAUGAAAUCGAGGGGGACUACCAUUCUUGCGUGGCUACAAUGAGGCGAGGGAGAUACAGUGAGAGUCUAAUUGAUAGCUCUGAAAUCUCACUUGGAGCUUAGAAGCUGUAAUUUCAGCAAAUAAAAGCACAUUUGAACAUUG